AUGUUGCAUCCUUCAGGGAAAUAUGUCAAGUCCAUUGUGCACUUCCAAGGGCGGCUGAAGCGAAAACAUGAACCCUUUCCUGGGCAAACUGAGGAUGUUACAGGCGCUCCCUAUACUGAAGAACAAGUGGAGGUGCCGGAACAUUGAGAGAUGCUGUUUUAGGUUUUGAAUUAGUUUUUCUGGCUUUUCUUCUAAAAGACGUUGCUUUGAACGCAAAUUUUUUGUGGGGUUUAUGAAAAAUUGGACUUUUUGUAUGGGGUUUUCUCGUGCUCCUCUAUUUUUCUGUUUCCCGUCGAAGCUAUAAGCCAUAAUUUUCACUUUUUUCAGCCGCGUGUUGUGGACAUAGUUUCUGUGCUGAAUGUUACCAACAACAGCUUCUGGCAAACCCAUUGGAACAGUGCUCGGUUCUGACUGCUCACAACAAAUCAGCGCAGAUUCUCUCCUUCCAAAUAAGUUUGCUGGCAGCGAUUCAGAAGUAUUUGAAUGAGCUCCAAACUGGUGGUGAAACAACUGAUUAACAAACAGGAGGAGUUAACAAGCCUAGUGUACUGACCGAUACACAGUCACUUCUGCACAAACUGAUGCCAGAUUUGGCUUUAGCUCAAGCACAAAGAGAAUUGGCUACUACUACUGGACGUUCUCCUUCCCAACCAGAUUCUUCUGAAGGCUUGAACUUUUUUUAAAUUAAAAGUCAACUUAUUUUUCAGCAUCCGUAGCAUCAACAAAUAUUCCAGCUUCAAUUACUCAACCGCCGCCUUUUCAUUGCCACCACCAGUUUUCAUAUCCACCACCAGUUUUCAUAUCCACCACCAGUUUUCAUUGGGUUGAAGAAAACAAAUCUCACAAAUCUCAAUGUGACAACUCAGGAUACCAGUUCUUAUGUUACUGCUCCUCUUUCUUCUCAAGCUCUACACAUAUGACAGCUGAAAGUGGAUGCGUCAGUCAUGUUAGCAUUCCAAUUAAUACAGCUCAACAUAAAGGAUUGGUUAGUGCAUCGCCUCUUUCUGCGCAGGUUUUCAUUUUAAUUAUUGUAAAAAAACUAAAUAACAUUUUGUGGGAAUUAAGUUCAGUCUGGGAAAACUUUUUAAAACGCAAAGACAAG